GGAACCGAAAAGGGUUCUUCAAAGGUUUCUCGUAUGGGGAGAGUCAAAUAACCAUUUUAGGUUCUAGAUAGCACCUUUUUCAAGAGUGUACAAAUAAUUAGUGGCACGUUUUUGUAUUGGCCUAAAAAACAUCCUAACUUCAGGAACUAAAAUAAAGAGAACGUYUCAAUUGAAUUUAAAAGCCGMAGUUGAUUAACAACCACAUUGUAUUUGUUAAUGAGAAAAUAAAAUACAAUUAAUUUAUGCAUCAUAAAGGCGUUUGCUGCUGCAACAGUACAGCGAUUACUGUGCAUAAAUGUUACAAGACUUCCAAGUCCCCUCCCAAUUUAUUUCUUACGGUGAACGUUUGUUGAAGGCGUCAUUCAAAUCCUGAUUUUACAACUGUUUUGUCGCUCACGUUCCUGCGGCGCAACCCUGUAUCUCCUUCUCAUCUUCCAGCGAAACAAUUUCUAAGCAGCAUUGCUACACCUCUGCACAGCACAUUAUGGACUUUACUGGAAACAUUUUAAUACAUCGAAACAUAUCAAAGAAGACAAGGGUGGCACACAUUGAAAAUACUAUUUUCUAUAUACCUUUUCCCUUUAUAGCUCAUGGAGCGAUAGCGAACUUUCAGCGGAUUUUAUGAAAACAGGAGGACGAAUAAAAUCACCUGACCAGCGGACCGCAAGUUGGGGAACCCUGCUGUAAAGACCUCUGUGAGAAGUGGUCUUGUUGAAAUGGAUAUAUUGCAUUUGGAGUCUGGCAAUGACAUGCAAGGCUCUCUAAAAUGUGUUGUAGUGCUCUCUUAUUUUGGAAAACAACUCACAUACCAAAAAAAAUACAUUUUAUGACCUGUUGGCCGUAAGAAGUGACUCAUGAGCCAAAACUGAGUGAAAAGAAACAUUCCCAAAAUAAGUCAACCUAGAUGUUCAGCAACCGGACACAUUUAUGUGACCCCAUUUAUGUGAGUCCUAUUAAUGGUUGCCUUUUCUCUAACUCUGUAACUCUCCGUGAAGUCUUCUCCAGGCAGCCCUGACGUGGUCUGAAUGAAGAAAGAGAGAGGAGCCACUUACCUGUAUCUCAAAACACUAUCUGGAUUGUGGGAGGCAGAGAACGAGAGAGGAGCCACUUACCUGUAUCUCAAAAUACUAUCUGGAUUGUGGGAGGCAGAGAACGAGAGAGGAGAGGGAGGAAUGGAGGGAGGGAUUAGAAGCUAAUCCAGGACACAGCCAAUCCCAGAGGAGCUCCUUUUCUUCCAAGACGCAGACAAAACAGUCGCACGGAUUACUGCACUUUAGUGUAUUGCCUUUUUUUAAAGCAUUAUCCCUUUUGUAUGGUGUUUCAUUUCCCCCAAAUGCCUGGUGUCCCGGGCCUGUGGUAAAUUUGKUGAACUGUACAACAAAGGAUAAAAGAGGACAACAGUCCCGGUGAGAGGGGAGCGAAGUGACAGGAUGUCRCAUGGACUGUGUGGUGCCACACGCAGAUAAAGCGCUUUAGUGGAGACGACAUGUGUAAACGGACCCCCUGCUCUUUCUGUUGGGUCUCAGAGGGACUGAAAGCUGAACACCCCUGAGGACGGUACAUUCAAGAUCAAACUUCUAUGAGGGAAUACUAAAACGACUGAGUGACUAGUGAGUUACAGGUUGGAGAUAUUUUAGUUGUUGAUUACAGGGGAGUAUAAGGUGAGGUUGCUUUCAAAGCAGGAUUACAAAUUCGUUUCUGAAAACACUUACUGUAUCUGAAGGGAAGAAGGACUUGGUUGAGGAGACUUGCGGCUGGAAGGAUCUGAGUUGUCAGUUAAGUGACUAAGUAUCAAGUGUGUGUUUUGGUAUUUGAGUGCAGUGUGUUCAUGUGUGUAGGUGCAUUAGAGAAGAUUAUUAGKUGACAAUCAAAGGUGUCAGCCUAUUGAGUCACUCCUCAAUAAGCCAUAUCUAAAGUGACCUGGUUGGUGAGAGUUGUUGUCUUGGUGUUGUGUUGGUGUUGAAGCCUGUAGUGGUGAGAAGAGAAGGCACUGGGUGAGAGUGAAGUGGUAAUAAAGAAUGUUUUAAAGCUGACAUAAUCCCAUUACAAUUCCUUAACAAGUUAUUUAUAAUCUCACAAGUUUAUUGGACAGAGCACACAGGGCCAAGCAACUUAAACAUAACCACUUUCAGAUGUAUAACACAGCCUGACUCCUAUCUACUGUACUGUGCCAAACCAAGAAGGAAUUUUAACUAGGUUUACAGAAAACAUAAAUAUUUCUUCUCAUUUUACGAGGAUCUCGUAAACCUCUGGCAAGGUGAUUAGUGUCUAGAUGGGUUGGAUGUUCGUUAACUGUUUGUAAACAAGGCCUUGGGUGGUUUUAACAGAAAGGAGUCUCUUUGGUAACACUGCUGGCUGUCCAGCCUUGACAGAAGACAUUGGUGCUCAUUUUAAAGGAGGUAGGUAUAGACUUCAGUUUGGACUGAUCCUAAAAAGAGAAGAACAAUAAUAUUUUUUUGUAACGCCUCAUUGCUUAACUUUGAGAGGGAAGUUUAAGGACCUGUAUAUUUGUGUUGCUGAAGGGAAAGGUGCAUUUAAGUGACCUAAUUAUAGAAAUUGUUGUGCACGUCUAAGAUUGAUUUAGCUCUAGAAACGUUCACAGGUAUGAGCUUGCCAACAGAGAGAGCAUCAUAGUUAUAUUGUUAGUGUUCACAAGCAGAAACACAAGUUUAAAAUAACAGUCAGGCACUACUCCAAUCCACAAAGAGUGAAAUGUAUUUUGUCUGAUGGACAGAAUAUGAGCAUCUCUUGGUAUUCUCUCACUCUUUCACUGCACAAAUACUGGAUGAGUUAUCUUUCACUGUCAGUAUAUAUUUGGAGCCGCAACUGGAUAUAUUAUCUGAACUGACAUUCAAAAACCCACCGUCUGGAAAAAGCCUAGUGGAUCCCAAGCUCUCAGACCACGUAGGCUGUGGUUAUUCCAGAAUCCCUGGGAUGUGUCAUUCCUCCUCUUUUUAUUCCUCAUGACUGAAAGCUGCUGGGAAGGAGGACAGGAUUUCUUUGAGGCUGGAGUCAUUCUAAAGCACAGAAUUGGCCCUGAGAGAGAAAGCUUUGAAUGUUGACUGACUCCAAUAGAUAACCAUCAUUCAGCUGAAAACUUCAGUGGGACUUCCUAAAGCCAAACUGCAGGCUUACGCUCGAUGAAUAGCUGGCUCUUGCUGCCGUGUGGAGAAUGUAUUCUACACACAUUCUCAGCACACAAUUUGUGUUUUUCUUUUUUUUAAGGAUCCAGAAAGUUGUUUAAGUGUCUUCUAACACUAAUUUUACAUUGGAAAAGUUGACUGAUUUCUUACAGAAUUUUUUAUCCCCCUGAUUAAUUAUAUUUAAAGGGUAUUCAUCUCUGCUACCAUGAGUCUGGGAAAACUGCCAGGGAUUAAAGGCCUAGUGUCAGGCUCUCAGGGGAAGAGGCGCUUUAAGAGCGAACUCUCCGUGGACAUGAUCAGCCCACCGCUACCAGAUUUUCGUCACACCAUGCACGUGGGCCGCGGCGGCGAUGUGUUCGGAGACACCUCCUUCCUUAGCAAUCAUGGGGGCAAAGGGGAACCAGUGAGCCCCGAUUCACCCACCACCAGCACGAAGACCACCCGCUUCUUCUCCCGCACCCUGAGGCAUGUACGCCGGUCCCCUGUGCCCCGUGCCAGGAUCGGUUCCCGUGACCUUUCACCCCCACCGCCUCCUGUCUCACCCAUCAUCAAGAACGCCAUCUCACUGCCCCAGCUGAACAUUGACAUGCCCAACGGCUACCAGAGGGUGCUGUUCCCCAGCUCAGUGAGCUCCCCAGAUGCCUCCCUCUACAGCUACGGUCUGCAGUCUGGUUUCAUCACACUACCCCGCCACGCCCGCCUAGAUAAACAGCUGCAGGACGGCACCGGACUGUUCGCUCAGAACUUUAGCUGUGGCUCGCUCCCAGACAACGAUGGCUUCGCGCUAACGCGCUCCGAUUCCUUCACCUCUUUCACAGUGGACCUUGGCCCCUCCCUCAUGAGUGAGGUUCUGGGCAUGAUUGACAGCCCCAGUUGCCUCACUAUGCCCAAUCACAACUGGGAGUUGGGGGAAGAGGAGGAAGAGGAGGAAGAGGAGGAGCAGAGCUCUGUGUUUGAGCUGGCUGUUCAGAGCCCCAUGCUAAGCUCAUCAAACCCUUCCAUGUCAAGCACUCCGCUCAAAAUGAAUGUGAACAACAGGGGGCGCUCUUGCAGCUCAGAGUGGGCAGAGGGAGAGGAGGAGGAUGAGAGGUCUCUUAAGACGCCAGACGCAUCUAUGGGGUCUCCUACACAGGUAGAACCAGUUAUGGAAGCUGAGAGGUUCCAGAGGGCAGCUGACGUGCUGGCGCGUCACUACGGGGGAGGCUCCUUCUCCAGGAGUCAUCGCAGCGAUUCUGCCUCCUCCUCCUCCUCCUCACCCCUCAGCCAGCCUAAAGUCCCUUACACCUUCCCUGAGGAAGAGGAGAUCAAAGUCUGAAACAUUUACCAAAUGUCUAUCKUUGUGAGGAGAAGAACCCUUUUGAUCAUUAGACUACUUACUGGGUGACKUUGGUUCUGAAUCCUUGCACUCAAGACCUUCAGAGGGAUCCAUGUUUUUCUAUAAACCUUUUACAUGAAUGAUUUGAAUUGGAAAGCUCCUCCUCAUAARGAUAAGAGCUCUCUUGUCUACCAUCUAACAACUGGAUCAAUACUGUCUCUUGUUCAGUUCUAGAGAAGCUUGUSUAGAGUUUCUCAGACAUGAUCUGACAGCAACAUUGGACAGGGUARAUAUAAAAAACAACCUUUAAAACAUGACAGGUUUCAUUAUAUCUUCAUAAGAAAUAUACCUUAUACUAAGCAGAUUCCAUGAAACUGUCAUUACAUUCUGGGAUGGAUCAAUCUCUUGAUAUUGCGCAAUUCUGUGCUAUAGCAGCUGCAGUACAACAGUCACACAAGAUACCGUACAACAACCAGAAGGAAGGACACAGGGAUCAUGAGCCAAGGCUGUCUGUCAAAAGCACUCAUAGUGGUCAUUCACAGAAGUAAGGAACAUAAUAUGUUUUAUGUUUAGAAGACAAAGGUAGGAUUUCCAGCCUAAUGACACACUCCUUCUGUGAAAAGGAUUGAAAGGGGAAAUAAAACAUGACUAUCUGCAAAACUAUUUGUCACAGUAUGUGGAUACUAAAGGGACAAUACAUUUUGUUUUGUUUGAUUUUGUUUCUAUCCACCUAACCUAAAUUGACAUAUCUUCAGUGACAAAAGCAUCUAUGUUUUUUAUUCAGAGUUCCGUGGUCACAGUUUUAACUUUCAGUUAGACCUAACACAAAGCCAAUUUCAUCAUUUAUCAUUUCCCGAGAAAAGUUUGAAAGGAAUAAAGCUUUUCUCACUAAUAUCUGGAAUAAUAUCUAAGAUUGCACUGCAUGCUAAAGUUGAAAUGAAGGGUGUGUCCUGUAAAAUGUAUCAAACUAAUUUGGGUUACACAGCCCCAUAAUCGUUUAAACCUAUAGCUGCCUUACAGUGAUAGUUAUUGUCAAGUACUUUUUCCAAGUAUGUUUGUUCUCAGUGUUAUGUUCAUACAUGUGAGUAUACUUUUUUUUUAAAUAACAAGGAAAAAAAUGCAUUGUCAUACAUGAAGGUAAUCAAAUUAAGUUGAAUAUUAGCUAUGUUCAUAAGACUACAGGCACUCUACUUAAAAUGACCAGUACAGACUUGUAUGUGAUGUCACAUAUGAAUACAGUAUGUAUACGGAAUAAAAUAUGACUGUAUAAUUUCAUCCAUUUACCAGUAGCUGUCGUAGCAGUCAUAUUCUUAAUAAAUACCGUUUUUUAAUAA